AUGAGAAUGCUCAGCUGGAACUGUCAGGGGUUGGGGAAUACCCCGACAGUUCGACACCUACAGGAGUUGCUUGGUCAGCAUCAUCCUGAGCUGUUAUUCCUCAGUGAGACCAAAAACAGAAGAAGGUACAUAGAAGGUUUGGUAGAAAAGUUCGGUUUCAGCAACUUGAAAACAGUGGAACCGGUAGGAAAAGGCGGUGGUCUUGCAGUAUUGUGGAAAAAAAGUUGCAAGGUUGAGGUACUGCAGGCCAACCGCAGAGUAAUAGAUUUAAAGAUUCAGUGGCAAGAAAAAAUGUUCUUUCUCACCUGCGUAUACGGAGAGCCAAUCAAGGGCAAAAGAGGUGACGUUUGGGAAAGGAUCACAAGAACUGGUACAACCAGAAAUGGAGCAUGGGUAAUGACUGGCGAUUUCAAUGAGCUUAUUGAUCCUUCAGAAAAGAUAGACGGAGCAGCAAGGAGUGCAGAAGAAGGCAAAGACUUUCGGCAAAUGUUGCAUGCUUGUGGGCUUUGGAACAUAAAACAUGUCAGCUACCAAUUCUCAUGGGCAGGAACCAGGAAUAACGAAAAUGUCCAAUCAAGCGGGUUUCAAGUACGACCAGCGCUGGAUAAACGCGAGAGUUUCAUCACUGCAGUCUCUCAAUCGUGGAAGCGACACAGUGCAGGACAAGCGGGACUCCUACGCAAAAUCUCUCAAUGCAGGAAAGACAUCUCCAUCUGGAAGAGAGCAGCAAAACCAAACUCCGCUCUCAGAAUCCAUGAGCUCCACUCCAAGAUAGACGAGGCAACACGAAGUUGUUUCAACAAGGGAGAGGAGCUGAGCCUCUUAAGAUCUGAGCUAAAUGAGGAGUACCAUAACAAAGAGAUCUUCUGGAUGCAGAAAAGCCGACUCAAUUGGCUCAGGUCCGGGGACAGGAACACAAAAUUCUUUCACGCAGUCACAAAAAACCGUAGAGCACAAAACAGGAUCCUCAGUCUCAUUGAUGAUGAUGAUAAGGAGUGGUUUGCGGAAGAAGACCUGGGAAGACUUGCAGACUCUCACUUCAAGCUAUUGUAUUCUUCAGAAGACGUGGGAAUCACCCUAGAAGACUGGAACAGCAUACCAGCGAUAGUCACAGAAGAACAGAACGCUCAGCUAAUGGCACAGAUAUCCAGAGAGGAAGUAAGAGAGGCAGUGUUCGAUAUCAACCCACACAAGUGUCCAGGCCCGGACGGCAUGAAUGGGUUCUUCUUUCAUCAAUUUUGGGACACAAUGGGAGAUGAUCUCACAUCUAUGGCGCAAGAAUUCCUCAGAACAGGGAAACUUGAAGAGGGAAUCAACAAAACAAACAUCUGUUUGGUUCCAAAAAAGCUGGAGGCAAAGAGGCUAGUGGAAUUUCGCCCCAUAACUGUUCCAGAGAGUACAUUGCAAGGAGACCCGCUCUCCCCAUACCAGGUGCUUAUCAACGGUACUCCUCACGGAGACAUCAGACCCACGAGAGGCAUUAGGCAAGGAGACCCGCUCUCCCCAUAUCUCUUUGUAAUAUGCACUGAAAUGCUGGUCCAGAAACUAAUCCAAACUGAAAACUCUGGGGAGAUCACAUGCCUAAAGGUGGCGCGUGGAGCUCCUGCAGUCUCCCAUCUCUUAUAUGCUGACGAUAGCAUGUUCUACUGCAAACAGUCAGAUGAAGAGCUCAGCCGCCUAACUGUAAUAUUACAAGAGUACAGUCUUGCCUCUGGUCAGAGAAUAAACUACCAAAAGUCAAGCAUUUACUUUGGCAAAAACAUUCCAAGCAGGAGAGAAGAAAUCAAGCUGAAACUUGGAAUGAAGCAGGAAGGGGGUGAUGGUAUAUACCUAGGCCUCCCUGAAUCUUUUGGAGGCUCUAGAGUAUCCAUUUUGAGCUUCCUCAAAGAAAGACUCAAGCAAAUAAUCGGUGGCUGGCAAAAUAGGUUCCUUUCUCCAGCAGGCAAAGAAGUGCUUCUCAAAGCAAUUGGUUUAGCUCUUCCAACCUACACAAUGUCGUGUUUCCUGGUGCCAAAGACGAUAUGCAAGAAAUUUAUGGCUAUAAUGUCAGAUUAUUGGUGGAAGAGCAACACAGCGUCAAAAGGAAUGCAUUGGAGAAGUUGGGAGAGCCUAUGCUCCCCAAAGGACAAAGGAGGACUCGGUUUUAAAGAUUUAGAAGCUUUCAACACGGCUCUGCUCGGGAAGCAACUCUGGCGCAUUAUCACCCAACCAGACUCAUUGCUAGCCAGAAUCUUCAAAAGCAGAUACUUUAGAUCCUCCGACCCUCUCAAUGCCCCACUAGAAUCCCGACCCUCAUAUGCGUGGAGAAGUAUCCACUCAGCUCAGCAUCUGAUCAAACAAGGCGCUAAGGUGAUCAUUGGAAACGGUGAAAACACAAACAUAUGGAGAGAGAGAUGGCUUGAAAGCUCACCUGCGUCACCAAUCACCCAAACAAGCACAGUUCCAGAGCCUAUUAGGCACCUACUCUCUAUGGAUAUGAAGGUUGCAGAUCUGAUGAUGCCAUGUAGAAGAGAGUGGAAUUCGAACCUGAUCAACAGUAUAUUCCCUGAAGGAACUCGACGCAAAAUCCUCUCCAUACACCCACAAGGUCCCAUAGGAGAGGACACCUACAGCUGGGAAUACUCGAAAUCAGGGCACUAUAGUGUAAAAUCUGGGUACUGGGUGCAGACAAACAUCAUCGCAGCGGCCAACCAACGAGGAACAGUAGAUCAGCCAAGCCUCGACGACUUAUAUCAGCGGGUUUGGAAGUACAACACCAGCCCAAAAGUGUGCCACUUCCUUUGGCGAUGCAUCAGCAACUCCCUCCCAGCAGCAGCAAAUAUGAGAAGCAGACAUAUCUCUAAAGAUGGGAGUUGCUCUCGUUGCGGUAUGGAGAGUGAAACAGUCAACCAUAUUCUAUUCCAAUGCUCGAAUGACUUCCUCUUCCAAGGCAAAGACUAUCCAGCACCAGACACAGUCAAUGAAGCUAUAGAGGACACAGCAGAGUGGAUGAGGGGACAAGAGGAAGAUAAAACGAAGGUUAAAAAACCCACUAGCAGUACGCAACAUCUCAAAUGGACGCCACCAACUCAGAACUGGAUCAAAUGCAACACAGAUGGAGCUUGGCACAAAGAUCAUCAACAACAAGGUAUUGGAUGGGUCUCUAGAGACUAUGCGGGACGACUGUUGUGGGCAGGAGCACAAAGGUUCGAAGGUUUGAGCUCACCUGUGGAAACUGAAGCAACCGCUUUGAACUGGGCAAUAAGGUCAAUGGCCCGCUUGGGCUACUCACAGGUGAUAUUCGAAACAGACUCGCAGGUACUGGCAAGGAUGAUCGAAGGUUCAGCAGAGACAUGGCCAAAGAUACAACCGAUCAUCCAAGACAUCACCCAAUCCCUUCAGAAGAACCGAAGCUACAGAGUAGAGUUUUUCUCUAGAGACGGUAACAAAACGGCAGAUAGGAUAGCAAAUGAAGCUUUUUCUCUUUUGAAUUAUGUUCCUAAGUUGUAUUCUAUGGUGUCAAGUUGGUUGAAACCAGUGUUAGAGGCUGAUAUGCCUUCUGUAGGACUGAACUAUGAUGUAGGUCUGAACAAUAUUGGUUAA